CACUAGUGUUGUAUUCAGUGACUGACUGUCGGCUUAAAUCUCUCGUUGAAAACAAUACAACAAAACGUGAAUUGAAUUCAAAAACUAAUUGUGAAUUAAUUGUUGCAAUCAUUUGGCGAUCGUUUCGUUUGGACAUCGAUUCACAUCUUGUGGUCACCCGAAGAGAGAGAGAGAGAGACAUACAGUGAGAGGACAGACAUCACUGCAAAGAGGAGAGACAGGAGACAGAGAUGAGCGCCGAAGAAGAGGUGGAGUCGAGUGAGGUGUCGGCCAUUUCGGGAACCGAUGAAUACAACAGUGGUCUGACCGAAGAGGAAGUGGAUGAGUUGCGCAAGUCGUGGGAAAUCAAAGAUCAUUGGGUCUUAAGGCGAGACUUCAUUUUGCAACACAAAUCCAAAUACCCUUUGGAUCGGCUCUUGUGUUUGGCCCAGACUUUUGUCAACAUCAAUGUCCUCCACAACGAAUACGAUCCACAGCUGAUGAAACUCAUUGACGAUUUGGCAAAAGAUAUGAAUUGUCAGACAGUGUUUGUAUUAAUAGUGUUGACGACAACGGGCUGUCAGUUAGGGCUGAGUAGUAGUGCUCGGAAACCGACAGCGAGAGACCCGGAGAAGAGUGGCUUUGUCUGUACGGACAACCAGUUGAAGGCCGUUACUAAUGGACUCUUAGAAGCGCGCAAAUGUGUGGACGAAAAGUGGGCGCAAAAGUUUGAUCCCAUCUCAACGUGUUGUCAUUUGUCUGACUGCGUUUAUCAUAAACUGUAUCGUGUGAACUGUACGGAGUGGACAGAAGGCGGUGGUUCUCGAUAUAGACAACUGCGGGAUCAACUGAAGGCCAAUUGUACCGCCGAUCAGUGCUCUAGUAAUACAAACAAAGGGUCGGGUGAUUGCGUCCAAAUGCUUGAAUGCGAUCCCAAAGCUGUCUUCGAGCCCAUCGCCGUCACAACCCCUACGCCCAGUCCGGCGGUCGUACUCAACACUGUUAGUACCCCUAAACCACUGUCCGGCAAAUCGGCCACUACUGGCCCACCCGUGCCCUCCAUUCCAAUGCCUCUCAUUGUCAUUGCAUUUCUCGCGUCAGAUGGCAGUCACUCUCCCACUCACUCGCGCACAGCGUUUGUGCGAACACUAGUGUUGUAUUCAGUGGACUGA